AUGACGGACGCACUUCCCACCAGCAGCCAUGGUCUCGACGAGCAGUCGCCUCUUCUUCCACGGCAUCCGGCCCCUUCUACACCAAAAGCCAAAUGGAGCCCUGCAGCCAUCUCGUACCUCUUUCUGCUGGUCAUAGUCGUCGGAGUGGCCGCCGACGCCGUCUCCACACCUGCUCUGACGCGCAUUUACGAGUCCAUCUACUGUCGCCGGUACUUUGCCGAGCACGAUCCGAGUCUGAUUGGCCGUGAUGGCCGUGACAGUGUGCCCGAGGAACUCUGCAAGGUACCAAAGGUGCAAGGGGAGGUUGCCAUGCUGAAGGCUUGGCAGACCUUCUUCGAUGCCGUCGGAGGCAUCUCAUUCGCAAUCCCGUGGGGCUGGUACGCCGACUCUCGCGGCCGGAAACCCGUCCUUCUUCUGACCACAUAUUCGCUGCUUGCCCGGGCCAUAUGGAUUCAGAUAGUUUGUCUGUGUUGGAAAACCCUAUCCCUGAGGCUUGUGUGGCUUUCUGCAAUCCACUCAGUUUCUGGCGGAGCCCCAGUCUUCUCAGCACUGGCAUACGUUGUUAUUGCCGAUGUCACGCCCCAACAAGAAAGAGGUGCCAUGUUCUUCCGCUUCGGUGCUUCGCAGCUUUUUGCAACUUUCAUCUCGUCGCCACUGGCCGCAUUCCUCAUGCGGCUAGGUCUGUUCGUGCCAACAAUAGCCGGAACAGUCUUCUAUGGCCUGAUGUGCGCGUUGGUGUCUCUCAUUCCCGAAACGAAGGGCUACUCCUCAACGAAACCCCCGAGCCGUGCCGGACCAUUUCCCCCCGUGGAGUCAUCGACGAUGCGGGAGCGUAUCAGGAAAAUACCCGCUCACGUGCGCGACUCGGCGGCCUUCCUGUGGUCUGACAGGCGAAUUUCUAUACUUGUACUUGUGUAUUCAGUGCACUCCCUCGUCAUCGACGCAAACGAGCUCCUGAUCCAGUACAUCUCGGCGCAUUUUGCCGUAUCGUUGUCUCAUGCCACACUGGUUCUUGCCUUUCAGUCUGCAUUGAUCAUCGUACAUCUACUAUUCGUACUGCCGGCCAUCACGCACUUUCUCACCGCGCGUCUCGGCAUGGCUGUCCAGCUGAAGGACCUUUAUUUGGCGAGGUGGUCGGCCUUGUUCCUCUCCCUGGGCUUGCUUGGAAUCGGCAUCGCACCAACCCUGCUGCUACUGAUCACCGCAAUUCCCUUCGAAGUUGCAGGCUGGGGCUUUACUUUUGUUGUCCGCAGCCUGAUGACGAGCUUUGUCGAGUCGCACCACGUUGCAAGGCUUUACACUGUCCUCACUCUGGUUGACACCGCAGUGUUGAUGGUUGGGUCGCCUGUGACCGCUGCACUCUUCGAUCGAGGCAUGUCAUCUGGCGAUGGGUCCACUGCUGGCUUACCUUAUGUUGUCUGCAGUCUUCUAGUCGCUGUAUUCGGAGUGCUGGUUCUGUUUGUUCGCAUCGAAGGAGAACUGCCGGAAGAAGCUGUUGACGGGGAUGAGGUGACUAGGAGGGAAGAUGGACAUGUGUAA